AUGGGAGUAAAGCAAUUCCUGAAAAGCCGGUCAGGCUUGCGUGUUGAUAAUCGUACCACUACGUCGGCCGCUACGCUCACUCUACGACAGAGUCUGUGGCCAUUGACGCUAGUUACGAUCUUAUUUUUCUUAUGGGGCUUUGCGUAUGGAUUGCUGGAUACCCUCAACUCGCACUUCCAGAAAACCCUACAUAUCGACCGAGGUCGAUCAGCUGGUCUCCAAGCUGCCUACUUUGGUGCAUACCCCCUAGCCUCUCUCGGCUAUGCAAACUGGAUCCUCCGCAACUACGGCUACAAGACCGUCUUCAUCUUCGGUCUAUGUCUAUACGGCGUCGGAGCUCUAUGCAUGUGGCCCGCAGGACUCAACCAAUCCUUCGGCGGCUUCUGCGGUGCUACCUUCGUCAUCGGAUCGGGGCUGGGAUCUCUCGAGACAGCAGCUAAUCCUUAUCUGACUGUCUGCGGUCCACCCCGCUACUCAGAAAUCAGAAUCAACUUCGCCCAGGCCUUCAAUGCAAUCGGCACAGUCGUCGGCCCGGUCUUGGGUUCUUAUGUGUUCUUCACAAACACGGAAGAUGAUGUAACAGCCCUGCAGCGCGUCCAAUGGGUCUACCUCGCCAUCGGCAUCUUUGUCUUCCUCCUCGCUUGUGUAUUCUUCGUAUCUAAUAUCCCAGAAGUCACGGAUGAGGACAUGGCAUUCCAGGUUGCGCAAACGCAUGUCGAUGAGCAGGAUCAACCUUUCUGGAAACAGUAUAAACUAUUCCAUGCGACUCUGGCACAGUUCACCUAUACAGGCGCACAAGUCGCUAUCGCCGGUUACUUCAUUAACUACGUCAAAGAUACAUGGCCGGGUACAACGAGCGCCACCGCAGCGAAGUAUCUCGCCGGCGCGCAAGGCGCAUUUGCAGUCGGUCGAUUCCUCGGUGCGGGAAUCAUGAAGUUCGUGCGUGCGCGCUGGGUAUUCCUGGUUUAUCUAUCGUGCACGGUUGCGUUCCUUGCUGCAUCAGUGACGCAGACGAAACAGGUUGGUGUGGCCAUGUUAUUCCUGACGCUCUUUUUCGAGUCGGUUUGUUUCCCGACUAUCAUGGCACUGGGUAUUCGUGGUCUUGGACGUCAUUAUAAGCGCGGCUCGGGGUUUAUCGUUGGUGGUGUGUGCGGUGGUGCCGUUGUGCCGCCGAUUCUUGGUCAUGUUGCUGAUAUGCGGGAUAAUACUGGAUUCGCGUUUAUUGUUCCGGCUAUGUUUAUGGUUGUUGCUUGGACGUAUGCCGUUGCUGUGAACUUCGUUCCGGCUUAUACUAAUACUGUGGAUAAGAUCGGUGAAAGUGAUGUCGGUCUUCAGAGUCCGACUAAAGAUGAGGAGACUGUUAUGGGCUCGUAUGGUCUUGAUGAGACUAUUGAUGAGAAGCAUCCGACUGUUCAUGUGGAAGGGUAG